GUGUACCAGCUGAGCACCGGUCACUACCUCUGCCGGAACAAGUACUACGGGCGCGGCCUGUCGAUCGAAGGCUUCCGCGAGGCCCUCUACCAGUACAUGCACAACGGAAAGGGACUGAGGCAGGACCUCUUUGAGCCAAUCCUGAAUAAGCUUCGCACCCUGAAGGCGGUGCUGGAGAGGCAGGCGUCCUAUCGCUUCUACUCGUCUUCGCUGCUCAUCAUCUACGAGGGAAAGGAACCAGAGGGCCCUCCUCCAGUCCUCAGUUCUGGGGGGCAUGCAGCGCUGCACCAGAAGACUCCCGUGGCCCCCGUAGAGCCCCCCUGUGGCCCCGGACCCCCCCACGCACCUCAGGCCCCAGGCACGCCACGUGAAACGGACAUGAGCCUGAACCCAGACCCGGGGUCAGUGUCCUCUCAGGGACCUGGACUGAUGGCUACACCCUCACCCUCCACUCGUCCUCCCCAACAGGGCCCACCCUCAAAGUCAGACUGCCACUCCUUCCUCCCCCCUCUCCCCUCUGCUCCCGCCCCCCCCCAGCAGCCCCCCCUGGUGGACGUACGUAUGAUCGACUUUGCCCACUCCACCUUCAAGGGUUUCCGCGGCGACACAGCGGUGCACGAUGGACCGGACCGCGGCUACGUGUUCGGACUGGAGAGCCUGGUCCAGAUCCUGGAGAGCCUGCGGGACGACAACCUGCCAUAGCUACACACACACACACACACACACACACACACACACACACA